AUGUGUGGUCCCCCUUCGCCCUUCGCCGUCAAGUGUCAACAACUUGACAGCAGAUCGUCGUUUCAGCGUUGGGCCGUCUCAUGGAAGCCAGUCAAACAGUGA